GACCGUCCUUGUAACAAGUUUCCGUUCCGCGUACAACUGAUUUCGAUUUGUCAGGACGGUGAACUUUGAGUUGAUCACAUGACCAGGCGAGUUCGGUAUGCCGACUGCGCAUGUGCGAGAUUUUCGAGAUAAGUCGCUCGUUAUUCGGCAGCAUCACUUUCUAAAAUGGCGAAUCUCCAUCGACUCAGAGAAGCUUUAGUAUUCAGUUAUUGCUCAGAUAUAAUUAAUGUAGAAGAAUUCUCGCUGCUUUAUGAUAUCAACAAGCCCACCAAUUAUGAUUUUAUAUACUCAGAUUAUGAAGCUUUUGAUUUGGACAACUUUAACGACGAUGAAUGUAACUCAUAUUUCAGAUUCCUGAAGAAUGAUCUAUUCAAACUCAAGAAUGUGCUGCAAGUCCCUGACAAAAUAAGAUGUGCUAACGGUACAAGGGUUGACGGGAUGGAAGCCCUAUGCGUAGCUUUAUCCAGAUUUGCCUACCCUUGCAGAUACGGAGACAUGGUCAAGGACUUUGGGAGAUCAGUUCCCCAACUUUGCCUAAUCACUAACUUCAUGACAGACCAUUUGUAUGGCACGUUUAACCAGAAAUUCCAGACUCUAAAUCAGCAAUGGCUCAGUCCCCUGCAUCUCGAAGAGUAUGCUGGAGCAGUAAGUGCUAAAAUGGCAGCCCUCACAAAUUGUUGGGGAUUUGUAGACGGUACAGUCCGCCCCAUAUGCCGCCCAACACAAAAUCAGCGAGUCAUGUAUAAUGGACAUAAACGACUUCAUGCUCUUAAGUUCCAGUCAGUUACAGCCGCUAACGGGAUGAUUGCCCAUUUGUAUGGACCAAUAGAGGGUCGCAGGCAUGACUGCUACAUGCUGAGGUUGUCUGGACUACUGAGAGAACUUGAGCAACGAUCCUAUGAUCCAGCAGGGGAAGUUAUGUGCAUCUACGGUGAUCGAGCCUACCCAUUGAGAGCACACUUGCAAGCACCAUUCAAAGGAAACCUCACACCAGACCAAGAAGCAUAUAACAAAUCUAUGUCAAGUGUCCGCAUUACUGUAGAGUGGCUUUUUGGAAACAUUGUCAACUUUUUUAAGUUUGUAGACUUUAAGAAGUCCCAGAAAGUAUGCCUGUCUGCUUGUGGGAAGAUCUACGCUGUUUGUGGACUAUUGACUAAUGCCCAUACUUGUUUGUAUGGUAACAACACCUCAAAUCUUUUCGGAGUCGAGCCCCCAACGCUGGAGGAGUAUUUUCAGGCUGGCAACUAGAGCAUGAUCCCUACACUUAGGGCCACGAUUCGUCCAAAUUGGAUUUUUUCAUAGCCAUCACAUUUUGUUAGAAGGAUACUUGAUCCAAUGUUAUUGUAUGUUUCCUUAUUUAAGUAAUAAUGGGUCCUACAUGUAUGCUUUGAUAAUCCAUACAAAAUUCAACUAGUUGGUUUGGGGGUCAACCCAUUUUGACAUUCAAAGCGUAUUAUUGGAUCUAUUAAACUUAAAUACAAGGGCUAAUCAUUAUACAAUUGUUGCACGCUGGGAUGGAGUCCAUGGCAUUUUGUACACCCGAGGGG